AUGGAGAAGGGAGCCUUCCCUAGCGACGUCGACGAGGCCAAGCUCGUUCGCAAGAUUGACUUCAGGGUCAUGCCAAUGCUCUUUGCCAUCUACCUAGUCGCAUUCUUGGACCGGGUCAACAUCUCGAAUGCUCUCACCAUGAGUCUUCCGGACGACCUUAAUCUCUAUGGCGACCGCGAAAAUGUCGCCUUGCUCGUCUUCUUCGUUCCCUAUGUCUUGUUUGAGAUUCCUUCCAACAUUCUAAUGAAGAAAUUCACCCCGCAUGUGUGGCUGUCCGGAUGUAUCAUCGCCUUCGGGGUUAUUAUGCUCGGCCAAGCCUUUGUGAAAUCCUAUGGUGGUUUGAUCGCGACCCGUUUCUUCCUCGGAUUGGCUGAGGCUGGUAUCUUCCCCGGCAGUUUCUAUUUGAUUAGUUUCUGGUACAAACGAGUUGAAGCGCAGAAGCGAUUUACCGUCUACUGGUCUUCAGUCAUCUUCGCUGGCGCCUUUGGUGGUCUACUGGCCUCUGCCAUUGCUAACAUGGACGGCCUGCGAGGUCUACACAACUGGCAGUGGAUCUUCCUCUUGGAAGGAGUUGCGUCCAUCCUAGUUGGCAUCGCCGCGUUCUUUUGUGUUGCCGAUUUCCCACAAGAAGCCAGCUGGUUGACUGAGGACGAAAAGGCCCUGAUUGUUGCUAAGACUCGCAACGAUGAGGAUCGCGACACGACGGUGCAAGUGUCUGAUGUGCGCGAUUUCUUCAAAGACAUCAAAGUGUACUUGGCCGCCAUCCAGUAUUUCACCAUCGUUAUUCCUAUCUACGCCUUCUCCUACUUCGCACCUACUAUCAUCAAGGCACUGGGAUACCAGACAAUUCAAACGCAAUUACACAGUGUCCCCCCAUUUGCUGCUGCUCUCGGUCUCUGUUUGAUCAUGGCAGUCUGGUCUGACCGAGCAGGCAUUCGCUUCCCAUUCAUUCUUUUUGGAGAUCUCCUCAUCAUUAUCGGAGUGGCCCUAAUGUUGAGCUUCCAUGGCACACAACAUUUCUCUGUCGAGUAUCUGGGAAUUUGCCUUAUCACCAUGGGUGCUUUUAGUGCUGGUGCAAUCAUCGUUUGUUGGGUUCUUAUGAAUUUGCACGGUCAUGCUCAACGUAGUAUUGGCUCCGGCUGGGUGAUCGGUGUUGGCAACUCGGGCGGAAUCGUAGCUGUUUUCUGUUUUUUGAAGAGCGAUGCUCCAAACUACUACAGGAAGGGGUACUGGAUUCUGAUGGCUAUGGCCCUCGUUGGAACCGUGUCUAGCAUUGCCUACGCGCUUGUCGUGUACUAUGAAAGGCGCCAAUCCCGCCUCCGCGCCGACGAAGUUGAGAAGGAACUAGAGCUUUCACUAUAG